UCUGUCAAGAAGAAAAUCUGCACAGCAAUGGAUGGCAAAUCUUUUGCUGUCACUUUGGUUCUCUGCUUGGUCUUAAUGGCAGGGUCAGAAGGUAAGGCCUUGGAGAAGACAGAUGAAAGAAGCUCCCAAUGCCAGUGCAUAAGCACUCAUUCCAAGUUCAUCCCUCCCAAGACUAUUCAGGAUGUGAGAUUAAGCCAAAGAGGACCUCACUGCAAACAUGUGGAAAUCAUAGCUACGCUGAGAGAUGGCAGGGAAGUGUGCGUGGAGCCCGCUGCGCCCUGGAUCCGGCUCGCUGUAAAGACUCUGCUGGCCAGGGCCAAGGACAAUGUUGAGUCACCAGUCAAAGAAAAGUCAAGGAAGAAUAAACCUUGGAUUUCUGCAAGGAUGUGAAAUGAGAGAAAGCAUUGCUGCUGAGAAUGCCAUAAUUUCUGAUGAGAAUGCCCCCUCUGCUACAUCAUUACAGUUGAUUAUUUUUCUUUCCCUGAGAUGGUUGCUGAUUCAUGCUAUUUUCUUUGCUGUCGCUCCCUCUUAACUUCUGUCAGUGAUAGAUCAAGAAGCUCAAGGUUAAUGAAAGUGUUUAAGUGUUGUAAGGAUGAGAAUAAACAAGAUGAAGUUAGUUACCCCUAAAUGGCCUGACUGAAAGAGAAACAGAAUGGAUACAAUUAGCAAAAACAUGAAUAAACACAUAAUAAAGAAGCAUCCGUGUAGCUUUGAAGGAAGUCAUCUCUCACACACUUGUUGCAGUUGUUUGAAGAUGAAAACAAGACAGUAUGGACAGAUGUGAUAGGUCUCACAGGCAGAGCCAAACUGCCUUUCUGAAAUGCUUUCACAGCCCUCACUAAACAUUGGAAAUAAUGAGGCAAAGAAACAUGUCUUGGAAAUGGAUAAGUAACAGAUGAAUACAUGGAGAUGAAGGGCAGAAUGAAAAGAUCAAUUUAUCAAUUUUCAUUGAUGAAGGGACAUCACCCAGGGAUUCUUAUACCACAUUGUGUGGGGUCCUGCUAGGUUUGGCCAUCCCACACAGGAUCUGGGAAGGUCAUUUGCCAUGAGCUGAAGUACUCUGGUGAUGAUAAAUGAUGAUGUGCAAACAAGGCUUAUCUAUGAAGAACUGCAGAAGGACCUUGGGAGAGUCACUGAUUAGGCAACAAACUACUAGGAGAAAUUCCCUGCAGGAAGUAGCCAAAGUAAUUGACACAGGAAAAAAAUUAGAGCUCCUACAGAAGUAAAACAUUCUAGGCUGACCUUCAGCACACAGGAGAGAUCUCAGGGAGAUGCUGGGUGCACGACAGGAAUACCAGAUCAGGAAUGAAGAGUGUUUGUAAGUGACUAAAUGGGAUAUGACUGGGUGAAAGGAAGGUGCAAGCAAGCACGGGUUGAUACCUGAAAUACCUCCUGUCUCAUCAACAGUUCCAAGUCACUGUAAGCCUGGGGGUAAAGACUGGGAGCUCAGGGAUUUCAGAAGGGAGCAGCUAAAAAUAGAGACACUACAUCACCCU